AUGGCAUUGAAUCUCGGCAAGAUCAAGGUCGUAUUGCUUGACAUUGAAGGCACCGUCUGCCCCAUCUCCUUUGUCAAAGAUGUCUUGGUACGCCUAUUCCCCCCGCCCUUCCCGGUCCUGUCGGGUGCCGGGUCCUACCCCGAUGGUGCCGAUCCUGUACCCCCGACGUGGCUUGACCAUUCCGGCCGGGUCACCUUCCCUCACGCCGUCAAUGCCUUGCCGGCGACCCUAGACAACCAGUGGGACAGCCCGGAUUUCUCUUCCUACCGGAAUGCUUUCCCGGAAGAUUGCGUGUCAGACCGAUCUGCAUUCGAGGCUCACUUUCGCGACCUCGUGAACCGCGAUGUCAAAGUCUCGUACCUCAAGGCUCUCCAGGGCUAUCUCUGGAAUGAGGGCUACGAGUCUGGCGACAUCAAGGCUCCCCUCUUUCCGGAUGUUGCUGAGCGUCUUCUGACAUGGAAAAACGCCGGCUUGCGCCUCGUCGUCUACUCUUCUGGCUCCGUCCCGGCGCAGAAACUCUUCUUCGCCCAUACGGACGCUCAGCCGUCGGACUUGACCCACCUCAUCUCUGGCUGGUUCGAUACGGUCAACGCCGGCCUGAAGACAGAGCCAAGCAGCUAUACCAACAUCUUGUCCAACUUCCAGGACGCCAAGGCUUGUGAGUGGCUCUUCCUCAGCGAUAACCCCCUCGAGGUCUCAGCCGCCAUCGCCGCCGGAAUGCAGAGCAUACCCGUUGUCCGCCCAGGCAACGCACCUCUCCCGAUUGGUAUGAGCCCUCGGCCGAUCAGUGACUUCAAAGAACUGGAGGGUCUUGGGUCGAAACAAUCAUAA